AUGCCUUUCGUCAAGCAGCAAAAAAACAAGGCCUACUUCAAGCGUUUCCAAGUCAAGUACCGCAGAAGAAGAGAGGGUAAGACUGAUUACUAUGCUCGUAAGAGACUUGUUGUCCAAGCCAAGAACAAGUACAACUCUCCCAAGUACAGAAUGGUCGUCCGUUUCACCAACAAGGACAUCAUUUGUCAAAUCGUCUAUGCUAAGCUCCAAGGCGAUUUCGUUCUUGCCGCUGCCUAUGCCCACGAACUUCCCCGUUAUGGCAUCAAGGGUGGUUUGACUAACUGGGCUGCUGCUUAUGCUACCGGUCUUUUGCUUGCCCGUCGUGUGCUCACCAAGCUCGGCCUUGCUGACAAGUACGAAGGUUUCGCCGAACCCGAUGGUACUGUCCAAAUGGUCGAAGCUGCCGAAGAUGCUCCUCGUCCCUUCAAGGCUUUCCUUGAUGUCGGUCUUGCUCGUACCUCCACUGGUGCCCGUGUUUUUGGUGCCAUGAAGGGUGCCUCCGAUGGUGGUAUCUACAUUCCUCACAGUGGUAACCGUUUCCCUGGUUUCGAUAUUGAAACCAAGACCAACGAUGAUGAACUCCUCCGUAACUACAUCUACGGUGUUCACGUCGCUGAAUACAUGGAAUACCUUGAAGAAGAAGAUGAAGAACGUUACAAGAAGCAAUUCUCCACUUUCAUCAAGGAAGGCAUCACCUCUGACAUGGUCGAAGACAUGUACUCUGCUGCUCACGAAGCUAUCCGUGAAAACCCUCUUCCCGAAAAGAAGGAAGCCAAGAAGCCUGUUAAGACCGGUCCUCAAUUCAACAAGCGUGUUCGUCUCACUAGAAAGGAACGUCUUGCCAAGGUCAAGGCUGCCAAGGCUGCUUUCGCUGCUGAACAAUAA